AUGCAGCAGUGUCCCACAACGAAACUGGCCUUGGCGGGUUACAGUCAGGGAGCCCUUGUGGUGCAAGCCGCAUUGAACAACGACGGAUUACCGAGUGACCAGGUCAAGGCGAUUACUUAUUUUGGAGAUCCAGGUGUGUACUCUGUCCUGACUGAUAUUGAGACGAUGCUUAUGUUGAAGCAGAUAGCCAUUUCGGAACCAGUGGGAAUGUGUCGGCAAGCCUGAUCAAGCAGUAUUGCGUCGAGGUCGAUCUUGUGUGUGAGCUGAAUCUCCCAGUCGUGCUAUCACCUCAUGUUACGUAUGGCACUCUGUAUGGAGAAGAUGCCGCGCGAUUCAUCAUAAACACAACUGGGGUGUCAGUAUGA